AGUACACAUCCUCUGAUCCUAAUUUAGUAAAACAAUCUUGUUUCUUUUCAAAUUAGAUUGUGAUAGGAGUUAUUAAGGUUCUAAUUUCUUAUGACAACUUUACAAUUAGAGUCUGCUUUCUUGCUGACACUCUUUAAAGUGUUUAAUAAGUGGUAUGCACUUAGAGUUUGCUUUUCUUGCUAAGUUCCAUUACAACCUUUGGUCCUUUCCCUUUGGCACUUGUGCUUAUAUAUUUAGAUUUUCUCUUUGAUACAUAGAUAAAUUUAUUGAUUAAAAAAUCUCUUUCAGAGUAUGGAUAACGAAAUGAAAUUAGCUAUAGUAGGUAGCAGUUUAGUUGGAAAUGUUUUUAAGGCUAAUCCCAAAUGGAAUUUUAAGUCUAAAACAAAACUAACAUGGCACUUUAAGCCAGGAGGUCACAUUGAUGACUUAGAUUAUUCAACAGUGAAUUUUAAGACCCUUAGACCCAACAUUGUGUUCUUGCAAACUGCGGGUAAUGAUUGUUCUGACGCUGGAAAAAAUUACUCCGAAUCAAUAAAUUUUCACAUUUCAACUAUAACAGAGAACUAUUUGAAGGCCAUGUCUACAAUUCAAAAGAAACUUUCUGAGAAAAAUGUAAUUUUAGUUGGGAAAAUUCCAAAUAGAUCAAAACAUUGGAAGCAUUUAAAGCACAAAAAUGAUGUUGAACGUACCAAUAUAAUCAUUAAUGGCGUCAACAAAGAACUUCAUCAACAGCAAAAUUUCCAUGACUUUAUAUUUUGGCGAUCAAGAGGAUUGGAGGAUGUAGUUACAAGUGGACUUUUGAAGAGCGAUGGUACUCACUUAAAUU